GAAAGAUAUUUUUUCGUCAAGUCUGUCGAAACAAGUUGUCUACAUUUAUUUUAUUUUUCUCGUUGCUUAUCAGGGAGUUCCGGAGGACCCUGGAUUUAGUCGCCGAUCCCAUUCCGGGAUAUUGCCCAUACUGCAGUAUUACUUCGCUUCAAUGAUUCCCAGAGUUGUCACAGGAGAACGACAGUUGAGCCCAACUAGAGGUUACAACCAUGUACUAGCACUUGAUUGCACCAGCAAUGACGGUUCCUGCACAUGGAUCAAUCCGGAAUACUGCAAAGAUUCAGAAAGCUUCUGCGGAAACACUGCGGAAUGUCUGGUCGUCACAAAAUCAGUCAACUCGUCAUACUCAUUCGAGAUGAACUCUUCAUACAACCAUCAAUACCAGUGCCGGUGUCCUGUCGGCAAUACGAAUAACUGCAACCCACCAAACGUGGAACUCAACUGUAUAACACUUGAGCCAACGAACACUAAUGUGAGCAUUGAGGUCGAGAAUGGUUUCCUUUUAAACGUCGUUUACGCCGAAAUGUGGAGGUGUCCCGUUGGAGAUAAUUCCGUCAUGCAGUGUCCAUCAAGAAGGUUGACAGGAAAUGAACUGGGAUGUAAGAGUCCCCCUCAGCUUCUCCCAAAUGUGUUUGCCCUCGUACGAUUUUGGUGUCAGUUCAAAAAAACGACGUGCAAGUUCGAUUCAUCGCUAAUUCUGUCCCAUGUUGGUCAAUCAAUCCAGUUACCAGAGCAAUCUGCGUUACCAGAACACUAUAUCUUUGAAUCGGGAAGUGGAAUGGUUAGUAGUGCAAAUUUCUCCUGUGGGAAUUCUUCACAGACCGUUUUCGAUGAUGAUUCCUGUUAUACGUUGACACCGACGAACCUCGAAUGGGGAGUUGCCCGAUCGCAUUGUCUUCAGCUUGGAGGUGACUUGGCUCAUUUUACGGAAGAUACAAAUUUUGCCUCUAUUCUGCGACGUUUGGACAAAUCCACUCCGUCAAAUAUUACAUAUUUGACCGCUGUUCAUAUAUGGUUCAAAUGGUAUACAUGGACUGGGGAUCAGCGUAUGCCACAACACUUCCAGCAGUAUACGGAUAGAUUCCAAUGCCCCGUUUACGAUUUUUUGCCGGAAGAGGGGACUAAUGCACUAGCUGGAUGCGAAGCCGGAACAAGAUCUAAAAACGUCCGCGGACUUUGCGUUUUUUCGCCAAGGCCAUGGACGUUGUCUUGUCCGGCCAAAUGCGACGUCUCCGGGUAUCCAGGCUACUGUUGGACAGAAGCAGAGGCCGAUACCAAGGUCUCAACUAGUUGCCCGAACGGAUUAAAUGGUAAUGCAACGUGGACUUGCGGUAUUGAUGGUAAAUGGACAACUCAAUCUCCUGACCUGAGCAACUGUACAAAUCCCGUUGUUGAAGAUUCAAUCAAUCAAGUCAACAAUGAUAUUGCAAACGGCGAAGAUCCAAGCGAGUCAUUGAAUAGUCUCACUAAUGUCGUCAAGGAAAACGGAAUAGCGCCGGGAAACCUUGUGCAGCUUGACCAGACAGUCAGCUUUGCUAUUGAACAGCAGACUUCACUAAUGGCUAAUACGACAGACGCGAGUUUGAGAGAGGAGAGCUGCAAGAAUUUCACUAUUUCUGUAAUUGAUUUAAAUGGUGUUGUGUUGGGAAGUGCCAGCGCAUUUUGGGGUUUGAAUUGGGAAGCACGCAGCGAAGCUAUCAGUGAAGUGCAAAAGAACGUUGACGACACCUUAUUUUUACUGGCGGAAAAUCUCCUUGAUAAAGUUUAUCAAUACGGCAAUAUAAGUGAUCAAAACAUAGCUAUACAGGUAGAGAACAAAGAGCAAACAGAAUACAACGAUACAACGUAUGCCUACGUUGCAGCAGAUGAAGAUCAACUGAUUCUUCCAGCCGGAUUUCCCGAUUCGACCAAUACCACCAAUACCCGACUUUCUUUUGUCACUUAUAACGCAUUUCAGGACCUUCUCUAUGGUGAUACAUUGGCUCAACUGUCAGCGGAGAACCCAACCACAUUCGAACCAAUUGGACAAGUCGUGGUGACAAAAGUGCUGGGUGCUACACUUGGUCAACCAAACGGAUCUAUCCAUUUUGUGGACGGAAAGGUCGAAAUUCUCCUGAGUACUUUGAAUCUUGAUCGAUAUGAAGUUAAUGAGGUGAAUGCAACUUGCGUAUUUUGGGAUACUUUGACUCAAGAAUGGUCAUCCGAGGGGUGUGAAGUGGUGAAAACUAACGGUACAUCAACCACAUGCCAGUGCGAUCACUUAACCAAUUUUGCAGUUUUAAUGGAUAUCAACGGCCUCUUUAAAAACGAGACGAAACCCGACUACCCCGCACUAGAUUACAUCACCAUAAUCGGCGGAAGCAUUUCUAUCGUUUGCUUGACGUUGGCUGUCAUUAUCUUUUACUGGGUACGGACUUUGCGGCGCGAUUUCCGCUUCGUGAUUCACCGAAACCUCUGUGUAAACCUUCUCAUUGCCAACAUCCUUUUUUUGGCCGGAAUAGAAGCUACUACCAACCGAGAUCUCUGCCUAUCCAUCGCCGUAUUCCUGCACUUUUUUUUCCUCUGCGCUUUCAGCUGGAUGGUUGUGGAGGGUCUUUAUCUCUAUUUCCUCAUCACUAAAGUUUUCGAUGGAAGUGGAUUGAAACAGUGGCAGUACUACGUCAUCGGGUACGGAGUACCUGUUUUAACUCUUACCAUUACUCUAGCCGUAACCAAAACGGAAGCUUACCUCGGUGAUCCUCUUUCAUAUUGCUGGUUAAGUUAUGAAAAUGGGGCAAUAUGGGCCUUUGCUGGACCGGUUGCAGCCGUUGUUUUUAUAAACGUCGUAUUCCUGUCAUUGGCUGUCUCAGUUAGAUUCAAAUUAAGACGAAACCCUGCCGAAAUUAAAGAGAACAAGCAGAACUUCAGAUGGAUUUAUGGGGUCAUAUCAUUGACUUUUAUUCUGGGUAUUACUUGGAUGUUUGGUUUCCUAUUCUUCGGCCAGAGUAGUAUAGUAUUUGCCUAUAUAUUUACCAUCUUGAACUCCUUGCAAGGAAUGUUCAUUUUUAUCACGUUUUGCGUGAUCAACAAAAAAGUCCGAAAAGAUUUACAUCGACAAUUUAUAACUAGCCAGAGGAUUCAACGUGUGGCACUUUACUUUAGCAUUGAAUUGAGCGACUUGAAUAUGGCAUCGUCAUUAAACAAUACUGGCUCCUACAAUGUACAGCGACAAGCCAGUCAGAAUAAGAAUCGACACAGUUUUAGUCAUGUUUCUGAAGUUUCCAUUAGAUUGUACUAGCUACGCGUAUUUAAAGGCUACAUACUACUAACACCUUUAGUUAGGUAAUGCUAUUCAGUAUUUGGUAGUUAUUAACCUUUAUUCCUGUCAUUGUGUUUUGUCAGAUGAAAUGUUUGUACCUAAAUGGUAAUUUAGGCCAGGUGAAGCCUGAGCUUCAUUGCUCUCUGACGUUGCUGUCUGAUGUGAAUUUGGAUUCGUUGACUUUGUUGUCUACGUUUAGACAACAAAUUCAACAAGGUGUGUUUGGGAUGUUGUAAUAAAUUUUUUUGUUGUUCCCCAAAUACAAAUUGUUUUGUAAAUUAAA